GUGCUUGACUAUUCAUAAAGGAACGGAAAUUGCCCUUGGAAACGUCAGUGGUUGAAAUUCCCGGAAAAAAAUGGAUAAUACUAGACUUGGGCCUAACCCGGAUGGAGCAUCCGAUGAUCAGCACGGUAAUCGAAACCAAAAUCAAGAACCAACCUCUCCUAGAAGCAUAUCUAAAGUACCAGAAGCUAUUGAUGAAACAGAUAUACGACAGCAAGAAAGCGCUCCCUCCAGUCAACAAGACGAAACCAACCGAGUUGAGUCUGCUGGUAUACCCAGUAUUGCGGAAGCUUCGAUAUCAAACGAUGAGACACUACCGCCAUCAGAUGGCCAUACAAAUCGCCACCAUAGCAUUAUCGAGAUUUCGGAUGAUGAUGCCGAUACGGAAAGUAGGGUGAAUGUCAGUGAUUAUAGAAGGGAAGAUGAUAGUAAUGAUGUGAUUGUAAUCAAUGAUACCAACGAUAAUGAUAAUGACAACGAUAUAAACGAUAAUGACAUUCAGAUUACAGGCUCUAAUACCAUAGAACCACUGCUAAUACCAGUACCAAUCAAUGAAGAGUCCAAUGAUGUUCCCACCAGAGGACAUAUACGGCCUGGUUCACCAAUAGAAUAUAUUCAAGGUCGUAAUGUCCGGAGGAGAUUAAGUAACCAUUCAGAUGAUGAAAUCGAAAUCACUGGACAAAGGCCCGCUCGACAAGCUCUUCGCUACCUACCUCAAGUUGAAAAUCCUCCGAUACUAUCUGAUGGCGAGAUAUUUCGACAAAGCAUAAUGCGGCAGAUUGAAACUCCCCUUGGAAUAUUUGAAGAUGAUGAUCCUUAUUUUAGUCGCCCAAGAGAAAGAGAACAACCUGCUCCUAACCCUGCAUUCAUCCGUUUUCAAUUCGGCCAAGGGAAUAACCGUGGUCGUAAUAGUUUACGUGGCCGUGGACGUGGAACUCGUGGACGUGGAGUUCGUGGUAGAAAUACAAGCACAUUACAUUCUCGUAGAUUCAAUAGAGCAAAUGAAAACCAAUAUGAACAAUUCCAAUUACCUGAUAUGAUCCUCGAAGAGCUAUCCAAUCAAAUUGAAUUUCCCUUGAUACCGCCUUAUGCACAUACUCAUAGAUCCCUUGAAGGCGGUUUAAUGAUUUUCAGAGAUUCCGAUCAAGUUGAAGGUUCAAUCAUGGAAAGAAUUGAGCGUGACAAUGAAACCGCAAUGGAUAGAAGAUUGCAAUCUGAAAACACUUAUAAUAAAAAAGCUUUAGAGGAUAAAAAAUUAGUGGCCAAGAAUGAAUUGAAAGGGUAUUCAAAUAAUAUUAAACCAGAUGAAAAUGGAAUGUGUGAACUUUGUGGGAUAACUUUAGGAGAAGGUAUACCUGAAGCCUUCAAGCCAAACCCUCAAUGGGAUUUAAAAUUAGCUGAAUUUUCAAAACAUUCCCAUGUUCAAGCUCCUUGGUUUUGUAUUAAACAAUGUUUUGAAACUGAUCGAACAUUACUGAAACGAGUCUUUACUUCAAAAUGUGGACAUUUAUUCUGUGGUCGCUGUGUUAAGAAUAUAGUUAAUAAAGAUCGAGGAAAUGGUCGGAAGAAUAAACGUAGUGAUAUUACUAUUGAUAACCCACUUAUAACAGCACCUAGAAAGUGUCCAGCAGAAGAUUGUGGAAGACAAUUCGUCAAAGGUGGGAAAAAUAAUUUUCAAGAAUUAUAUUUAUGAACAUGUAAAACUUAUGUAUGUAAUAUAUCAAUGUGAAAUCAAAAUGAUUUUACGUAAAC